AUGCAGUCCUCCUCGGGAAUGCUCACAAAGUUUGAGUCCAAGUCGUCGCGCGCAAAGGGCAUCGCAUUCCACCCUAAACGACCAUGGAUUCUCGUCUCCCUUCACUCGUCCACCAUUCAGCUGUGGGAUUAUCGAAUGGGCACCUUGAUUGACCGAUUCGAAGAGCACGAUGGCCCCGUCCGCGGCGUCGAUUUUCACAAGACGCAGCCCCUUUUCGUUUCGGGAGGCGAUGACUACAAGAUCAAGGUCUGGUCGUACCAGACACGCCGCUGCCUGUUCACGCUAAAUGGGCAUCUCGACUAUGUCCGCACUGUCUUCUUUCACCACGAGCUUCCUUGGAUCGUCAGCGCCAGUGACGAUCAGACCAUUCGGAUAUGGAACUGGCAAAACCGCUCCCUGCUUUGCACCAUGACAGGCCACAACCAUUACGCAAUGUGCGCUCAAUUCCACCCCAAGGAGGAUCUUGUCGUCUCGGCCUCGCUUGACCAGUCAGUCCGGGUUUGGGAUAUCUCUGGCCUUCGCAAGAAGCACUCCGCUCCGACCUCCAUGUCGUUCGAGGACCAAGUCUCCCGCGCCAAUGCAAACCAGACCGACAUGUUCGGUAACACGGAUGCCGUCGUCAAAUUCGUUCUCGAGGGCCACGACAGGGGCGUGAACUGGGUUGCUUUCCAUCCCACGAUGCCCUUGAUCGUCUCCGCUGGAGAUGACCGUCUGAUCAAGCUGUGGCGCAUGAGCGAGACCAAGGCUUGGGAGGUCGAUACUUGCAGAGGUCACUUCCAGAACGCUAGCGGCUGUCUGUUUCACCCACACCAGGAUCUCAUCCUGUCCGCAGGAGAAGACAAAACCAUCAGGGUCUGGGACCUGAACAAGCGCACCGCUGUUCACACUUUCAAACGCGAGAACGACCGCUUUUGGGUCAUCGCAGCCCAUCCGGAAAUUAACCUCUUCGCUGCCGGCCACGAUAAUGGUGUGAUGGUGUUCAAGCUUGAGCGCGAGAGACCGGCUUCAGCCGUGUACCAGAACAACUUGUUUUACAUCACAAAAGACAAGUGUGUCAAGUCUUACGACUUCCAGAAGAACAUUGAAUCGCCCACACUUCUAUCCCUCAAGAAGCUGGGCAGCCCCUGGGUACCACCCCGCACCCUCUCUUACAACCCGGCCGAGCGCUCAAUCUUGGUCACGUCAUCGGCAGACGGCGGCACCUACGAGCUAGUUAGUCUUCCUCGGGACGGCUCUGGAGCGAUCGAGCCGGCAGAGUCGAAACGCGGCCAGGGCAACUCUGCCAUCUUCGUUGCUCGCAACCGGUUUGCGGUCCUGAACACGUCCACCCAGACGGUGGAUAUCAAGGACCUAACCAACAACACCACGAGGUCUUUCAAGCCUCCUGUUGGGACCAGCGACAUUUACUUUGGAGGAACCGGCAAUCUCCUCAUUAUCACACCUACCGCCGUCCACCUUUACGAUAUCCAACAGAAGAAAACGGCCGCAGAGCUUGCUGUCAAUGGCGUGAAGUACGUGGUGUGGUCCAAUGAUGGCCUCUAUGCUGCGCUGCUCAGCAAGCACAAUGUCACCAUUGUGACGAAGACUCUGGAGCAGGUCAGCACCCUUCACGAGACUAUUCGGAUUAAGAGCGCCACGUGGGAUGAUGCGGGAGUGCUCCUGUAUUCGACUUUGAACCACGUCAAGUACACCUUGCUCAAUGGCGACAAUGGUAUCGUUCGGACCCUGGACCAAACCGUGUACCUCGUUCGCGUCAAGGGCCGCAAUGUGUAUUGCCUUGACCGCGCCGCGAAGCCGAGGAUCCUUCAGAUCGACCCUACUGAGUACCGGUUCAAGCUCGCGCUCGUGAAGAGGAACUACGAGGAAAUGCUCCAUAUCAUUCAAAACUCCAGCUUGGUCGGCCAGUCGAUCAUCUCAUACCUGCAGAAAAAGGGUUACCCCGAGAUCGCUCUCCAGUUCGUGCAGGACCCUGCUACGCGCUUUGAGCUGGCAAUCGAGUGCGGGAAUCUGGAGGUGGCAGUCGAGGUCGCCAAGCAACUGGACCGCCCCAAGCUUUGGACGAGGUUGAGCACCGAGGCGCUCGCUCAUGGCAACCACUCCGUGGUCGAGAUGUGCUACCAGAAACUCAAGCACUUUGACAAGCUCUCGUUCCUUUACCUGACGACAGGCGACAAUACUAAGCUGUCAAGGAUGGCCAAGAUCGCCGAACAUCGGGGAGACUUCACUUCGAGAUUCCAGAACGCGCUCUACCUGGGAGAGGUUGAGGAUAGGAUUCAAAUGUUCAAGGAAAUCGAUUUAUACCCUCUUGCAUACAUGACGGCCAAAGCCCACGGCCUGGAGGAAGAGGUUCAGUCCAUCCUCGAGGCUACUGGCCUCACAGAAGACCAGCUCAAUCUUCCUACCUUCGGCAAGCCGCUCACCCCCCCCAGUCCCGUCGUACCGACGUACCAGGCCAAUUGGCCGACUAAGGCGACCUCUCAGUCGUUCUUUGAGAAAGCGCUCCUCGGCCAGGUUGAGGGCCUUUCGCUCGAAGACGAACCGGCCGCGGCCAACGGUCUUGGCGAGGCAGAGGAAGAAGGCACUGCGAAGCGGGAUACGCUCGGUGAAGCCGAUGAGGAUGAGGAUGCCGCUGGCUGGGACAUGGGCGAGGACAUCGUCGCCGAGGUUGAGGAGGGCUUUGUCAACGUGGAGAGCGCCGACGCGGGCGGUGCGGGCAGCAGUGAGGCAGACCUGUGGGCCCGCAAUUCCCCGUUGGCUGUCGACCAUGUCGCUGGCGGGUCUUUCGAGACGGCCAUGCAACUGCUUAACCGCCAAGUCGGUGCCGUCAACUUUGCGCCGCUCAAGCCCCGGUUCUUGGAGGUUUACCAAGCCUCGAAGACCUACCUACCCGCGUCGGCUGGUCUACCGCCGCUCGUCAACUAUGUCCGCCGCACAGUCGAGGAGACUGAUCCGAGGAAGGUUCUCCCAAUUAUUCCAAGAGACUUGGAAUAUUUGGCGUCCAACGACCUGCAGCGGGGUUACGACGCGAUGAAGGCUAACAGGCUGGAGGACGGUCUGAGAAUCUUCAAGGGCAUCCUUCACGCGGUGCUGAUCAACGCCGUAGGCAGUGACAGCGAGGUGGCCGAGGCCAAGAAGUUGAUUGCCUCGGCCAGCGAGUAUGCCGUUGCCAUGUCGAUUGAGCUCGGGCGGAGAGCGCUCGGCUCUCCUGACACGGUCAACCAGGAUCCUCAACUGCUGAAGCGGAGCCUGGAGCUGUCGGCCUACUUUACGAUUCCCAAAAUCGAGGUGCCACAUCGCCAGCUAGCCCUGCUCAAUGCCAUGAAUUUGGCGAUGCGCAGCAAGAACUACAACUCGGCGUUGAGUUUUGCCAACAGGAUAUUGGCUAACGGGGGGGCGACCAGGAUCCUGGAGAGUGCCCGUCGGACCAAGGCUCAAUGUGAGCGCAACCCGAAUGACGCGGUCGAGAUUGAGUUCGAUCAGUUUGCCGAGUUCGACAUCUGUGCAGCCAGCCACACACCAAUUUACAGCGGCACCGCGUAUGAGGAGUGCGCGUUUGACGGGUCCAAGUACCACACCAAGUACAAGGGCACAGUUUGCGUCGUGUGCGAGGUCUGCGAGGUUGGCAAGCACGGAAGCGGCCUCAAGCUGUUCGCUUGAUAUCUUCAAAGGACCGGGGAGUGGGGUCUUAAUCGUCUAGAGAGCGGCGCCUCAUGAAAUUGGCCGACAUAUCAUGCGGGGCUUCACGGAGCGGAAAAGUCCGGGGUUUUUACAGUCGCCGCUUACGGCGCGGCGGGGCAUGUUUGGGACGUUGAACACGAACUGUAGUGGUAGCAGAGCAGAACCGUUUGAUUAUGAACCCUGUUGCUUCUGGACUGAGCAACCAGGUUAUUAUUGAGUGCGGAGCCUUUUCCUGGUCCAUGACCGACCAUCGGCCUAUAUUCUUCAUACAGAACCAGUAUGUUAAGCCCGCCGCCAAUCUACCCUCCGGGUUGAUAUGCGCCUAGACAAUGGUCUCCAAUUGCCGGGCAUAGCCCAGGGUAUUCUCGAUCACCAUCUGGCUCAUCUCCUUUUCCUGCUCCUCCUCGCCUGUCUCUUGUGCGGAAGGGAAGAAGAUCUGGCCGUCCUUGACUAUCCAGCCGCGGCUACGCGCAAACUCGACGACGGCGCCCUCGGAGUCGAGGAACAACAGCGACUUUGUGGACGAGAGGGGAAGGGAGGGGUAGGCGCGCUCGCUGGACGAGGCGAUCUCGGACCGGAUUUGCGAGGUCAGGAUCUCAGAAAACACCCCAAACUCCUCGCACGGCACUUCGCCCUUCUUCAUUGCCUUCCACACGCGGUCGUAGCUCCCCUCCAUCAGCCACCGCUCCAGCCGGAUCGGGUACCCCAGGUAUCGGUCAUUCUCGACCUCGGCGCCCCCCGCCGCGGCGGUCGUCAUCGACAGCGCCUCCAGCUCCGAGUGGAACUCGCCGUACAGACCCUGCGUCAGCAGCAGGAGCAGGUACAGACCCAUGAUCUUGUUGCGCUCGUCCUUGGUCUCGCCGUCGGCCUGGAGGAGCUCGUAGAAGGGCCGCAGCUGCGAGACGUAGCGGGUGAAGGCGGCCGGGUCGCGGGCGCGGAUCGACGCCAGCGCGCCCUGCUCGUACGUGUCCCGGGCGAGGGCCAGCAGCGGGCGGGGGGUGGUCGGGGACGGGGUCAGGGCGUUGAGCUUGAGGAGGAGCAGCUUGGCGCGCGACAGGAGGGCGGCGGUUUCCGGGUACGAGGCCGGAGGUUUGGUCUUGAGGUGGCUGACGAGCUGGGCUAGUUCGCGGUCGGCCAUCUUCUCGUAUCACUUCCUCUCUCUGUCACUCUUGGUCUUUUUUCUGUGAAUAGGUGGUGUGGGAUUGUCGUGGCGACCUGUUGGAGGAGGGCCCGGGUCCGCCUGGAUUCGAGAGCUGUCAAAACAGCUCCGUUUGUGGCUGCGCGGCGGAUGGGCGCGUGGUGGGAUGUGGGUUUGUGUGUGCAAUUCUUGGUGUCAAGCCUAGUAUUCCAAAUUAACGGAUCUCCUUGCAAUUCUGUUGACUGGGGGUUUUUCGAGUCGGCGCAGUCGAUGGAUG